UUAAUAGAGUUGGGAAUUGCAUGUGCACCAGAGCAUUUUUAUAAUUAUGAGAGAGCAAAUCAUGUCCAUAUAUCGCCUAUUUUCACAUUAAUUUUCACUUGAAAAAAAAUUCAAGUAGAGACCACCUCCACCGCAAAACGCAAUCGUUGGAAUGUUGUUGCUUGGGAAAGACCGAACUGGCUGCAUCCCUUUAGGCUGCGUACGUGUUUUUGUAGAGAAAGAAAAGAAUAGCAAAGGAGGAAAAAAUGGUUGUCAGUGUAUAAUGUAAACAAACCGUUGCCCCGCUGUUGUGCUGCUGCUGCUGCAAGAUAUCCAGUUCCACUUCACAGAAAAAUUGUAUAUUUUUCGGGCUUCGCUGUGUCUGUGAGAACCAUUUUUCGAUCCAAAGUGUGAGCCAAAUCGCCCCAGUGAAUGGAUUUAACAAUCUACAACGAUGUUCCCAGUGAUACGCCUGGUACAUAUUGCCGCUUUUGCUUUCGUGAAACCAGCCUGGUACCGAUCUUCCAUCCUACUACGAGCGAACCGCUGAAUCUGGAGAUGAUAACGGUAAUAGUGGAGUGUAUUGGCGUGCUGCUGAAACCCGAGCUGGAUUUUCCUUCCGCCGCCUGUCACAACUGUCUGCAGCUGAUGCAGGAGUUUCAUAACUUUCGAAGGCGUGCCCGGGAGUACGACAAAAUCAUACGGUCGAAAAUGUUGCCCCGCAUCGAACCGGAAGUGAUCAUCGUAAAGCAGGAAGCGUCCGAUCUGGAGAACGUGUACGAUCACGAGCAGCAGGGUGAUAAAGAGAGCAGCAGCAGCAGUACGCUGACCGCCGAUGAAUCUCGUGACGACGGCUCGUUCGAUGUACUGGAGCAGCUGCAACAGUUGCACCAGCAGCAUCAACUGCACCAACAGCAGUUGCUUCUGCAGCAACAGCAGCAGCAGCAGCAGCAGCAGCAUCUGCAUCCCCUACAUCAGCAGCAGACAUCGCAGGACCAUCAUCGUCAGGAACACAGCGAGGAGCAGGAACCAAAGUUUAGCAUGAGUGCCAUUUUCAACGCGCAAGCAAAUGCCUUGGCAGCCGUGGCCGCCGCUGCCGCCGCCGCGACCCCGAUACGCGCCCAAACUCGCAGCCAAUCGAAGCGCCAACCGUCGGCGUCCGGUGGUUCCAUGGUACCGGCCCUGGAGGACAAUCGGUGCAUGGUGUGCGGGGAAAAGUUUCAGUCCCGCGACGUUUGGGUGGCACACCUGGCGGUGCACACCGUCGAGCGGCCGUUUCAGUGCCACAUCUGUCUGGCACAGUUUAAAACCAAAUACGUACAACAGAACCAUAUCCGGACGGUGCACGAAAACGUGCGCAGCUACCGGUGUCCGAUCUGCACCGAGCCUAGUCGAAUGUUCAAGAGCAAACGGACGCUCGAGGAUCACAUGCGCUACCACACGGGCGAACGGCCGUUCGUGUGCUGCAUUUGUAAGAUAACCUUCUCGUCCGGCAGCGUGCACCGCAACCACAUGUACCGGGUGCACCGGGAGAUGCGCAAAAAGGAUCGCCGGUGCAAUUACUGUGGCAAGGUGUUCGAUCGCAUACUCGACCUGAAACGCCACCAGACGAGCUACUGCGAGAAGAUCGUCGGGCGGGAAAUUGCCGGCCGAUUAUAGGCGCCGGUGCCAACCGCCACGCACGUAGCGUAAGCUGGGAAGGAUUCACCUUUGCCAGAUGGAUUAUUAUUGUGAGGCUAGUAGAGAGAGAGAGAGAGAGAGAGAGAGGAAGAUGUGAAAGUAUAUAUAUAUACAUGUGCUUACAAAUGUGCGAUCCUAUUAUGUUGAGUGUAAAUGUAUUAAUCUAAAUUUGUAACUAUUUUUUUAGCUAAAACUGAAAGAGGAGAUAGAAGAGAGAGCGAAAACGAAACUAAGCAACAUUGGCCACAUUAUGCGUACGAACGCUCGCUGUUGUAAAUAGCCAAAUAUGAAUGAUGUGAAACACGUCAAGACGAACGGU